UCACGUCAAAACACUUCCGCUCUGCUCUCCAGCCUGUCUUUCCAGUGGAGCGGCCGGUGUGAGGUGUGAGCAGAAAACAGAUCCGUGAACACCACGUAGCCAACAGGCGAAGGACAGAUAUAAAGAUGCCCCCCAAAAAGGGAGAAGCACCGAAACAGCCCCCAUUAAUUGGGCGAUUUGGUACAUCUCUGAAAAUUGGAAUCGUGGGAUUACCUAAUGUUGGGAAAUCCACCUUUUUCAACGUGCUGACCAAAAGCCAAGCUGCUGCAGAGAACUUCCCGUUCUGCACAAUUGAUCCAAAUGAGAGCAGGGUACCUGUUCCUGAUGAGCGCUUUGAUUUCCUCUGUCAGUACCACAAACCAGCCAGCAAAGUUCCUGCCUUCUUAAACGUCGUGGACAUCGCUGGUCUGGUGAAGGGAGCUCACUCAGGACAGGGACUUGGAAAUGCCUUCCUCUCCCACAUCAGCGCCUGCGACAGCAUCUUCCACAUGACCCGCGCAUUUGACGACGAAGAUAUUAUCCACGUGGAGGGCAACGUUGACCCAGUGAGGGACAUCGAGAUCAUCCACGAGGAGCUGCGACUAAAAGACGAGGAAAUGAUCGCUCCAAUUAUCGACAAACUGGAGAAAACCGCAGUCAGAGGAAGUGACAAAAAACUCAAACCUGAAUAUGAUAUCAUGUUGAAGAUAAAGAACUGGGUGGUGGAAGAGAAGAAACACGUCAGAUUUUACCACGACUGGAACGACAAAGAGAUUGAGGUGUUGAACAAAUACCUGUUUCUGACGUCCAAGCCCAUGAUCUACCUGGUGAAUCUCUCAGAGAAGGAUUACAUCAGGAAAAAGAACAAGUGGCUGGCAAAAAUCAAGGAGUGGGUAGACGCUCAUGAUCCCGGUGCUAUGGUCAUUCCCCUGAGUGGAGCUCUGGAGUCCAAACUGCUGGACAUAGAGGAUGAGGAGGAGAGGAAUAAGUACUGCCAGGAAAUGAAGACCCAGAGUGUGCUGACCAAAAUUAUAAAGACCGGCUAUGCAGCACUACAGCUGGAAUACUUCUUCACAGCGGGACCAGAUGAGGUGCGAGCGUGGACCAUCAGGAAAGGUACCAAGGCUCCUCAAGCUGCAGGAAAGAUCCACACUGACUUUGAGAAAGGCUUCAUCAUGGCCGAGGUGAUGAAGUACAGUGACUUCAAAGAAGAGGGCAGUGAAAGCGCAGUCAAGGCUGCAGGGAAAUACAGGCAACAGGGCAGGAACUACAUUGUGGAGGAUGGGGACAUUAUCUUUUUCAAAUUCAACACACCCAAUGCCCCCAAAAAGAAAUAAUGAGACCACGCAGUCGCCAGAGGGAGAACUCAGAAUACAGUUCAGUCGGACCCCUGAGAGCUACACUGUGUGCUGGUUUUCAUUCUUCUCUCUUGAAUUCAGAGGAUCAACAUGCGGCCUGAGAUAUUUGGCCAGAGAAAUGUACUCGCCUGUCCUCUCAGGUGUGGACCAGAAUCUAUUAAAAUUAUUCUGUAUAACAACAUUUCUAUACAAAAACACCAUACAUUCCUGUGUGUAAGAAUGUGAGCAAAUUUUGAAAUGGAACCAACUGCACUACCAGUCAAAUGUUUUGUGGACACACCAGAUUCAAGCAAUCACAGUCACAAGAAAGAAAAGAUGUAACAAUGUCUUAUAUUAUUUGAUAUUGAUUUGAGUGGAAAUGGUCCAAUCAGGAACCUGCAACAGAAUUCAAACUGCAUACUCUGCUGUAAGUGAUAUAAGCAAUGUAUGCAGCAGGACUUGACCUGUUUUCAAGAUGUGCUUUAAUCGUUUAAGCCAAAACGCAUGUUCUUAAAAAGAUACUAAAGAUACUUGAAAGGUUUGAUUUAUGUUGAGUUUAUCUUUAAGACAGUGUUUCGUUCCUUUGAGUAAUAACAGCUUAUCUUUGCAGUCAUUAAUUGAUGCUUACCUCCAUGAUGACUGCUGCUUAACUGGCAAGCUCUCAGAUCCCUAACGAGUCUCUUAAUUAGUGUUUUAUUAAAGGCAGGUGUGCUGGAUCGUUAAGCAGCUUCUGUGUCUUUGGAAACGUGUAAACAGUGCUGGCAGGAAUCAGCGUAUCACACAGCAGUCUGCUACAGGUGGCUCAUCAGAGUAAUGAAAACUAGGCCAUCCUGAAUUAGUCUUUUCCUUAAAAUGAAAAAGAUAGGUGAGCUUUUCUCACUUCCUUUAUGCCCUCUCCUCAGUUAAACUUCCUUAAUGUUAUGCUGUUAACAACAAACUCAUAAUACCUGAGACUUAAAGAAAAAUGCUACAGUAUACAGUGUCUGUAAUCGUCUGACUGGCAGUGCGUUUUACUUUAAAGAGAGAGGAGAAUGAAAUCCAUCACUUUGUUUACCUUCAGGCCAGUGCUGUGCUGUAUUCUGAGCAGCAGGGAUAUUGUUAUUUUAGAAAGAGCAAAGCAGGCAUCCCUGACAGUGUCUGAUCAGAUGCCUGAACAGAGAAUGUUGUUGUACACACACUGCUUUUAUUGACCUACAUUUUGGCUGUAAAAACAAAAAAAGAAUUAAAAAAAAAAAAAAACAGACUCUUCACAUUAUGAACUCCACCCUGCGUAACAAGACAAUGCUUCAUUGUGAAUCCGGACAGCUACAGGAGUGCUCUGUGCAUCAUCCAGACUGUACAGCUUCAGGUUUCACAUCUCCUCACUGCCUCCUCAGUGUGAAUGUCUUUAUUUUCAAGAGAGCUUACUAUCCCCUAACCAAUCACCUUGCCAAAAUUGUGGACAUGGAAACACAGCCCUCUUUAUGAACCAUAAUGAGUUGCUGAGAAAUAUGCAGGUGAAACUUUAAAGAUGUUACUUUAAAGGGAGAAAAGGUCUAAUAAAUGUCAUCCUCAUCAAUAUGCAUGUGUCAAUAAAAGGAAACAAACCUCUGUCA